AUGAAAAGGGCCUUCCUUCGAGCGGAAGAGGUUUCAGAGAUUUGCUGUGGGCUGGAACGUUUUGUAAACUCAGCCCAUGCACCACGGCAGUUCCUCUCGGAAGGUGUCAGAUUUAAGAAGUACCCCUGGGACUUCAAAGUUUUCGAGAUCCCACGAUGCGAAGGAGCGACUUUCUCUGGUGAAUGGAUCCACUUCACCCUGUGGAAGAAAGAUCUCACAACGAGAGAUGCUCUUGCGGACGUAUCUAGGAAGACUGGUAUCAGUAUGAAAGAGUGGUGUGUUGCCGGUUGGAAGGACAGAAAGGCGAUAACAUCUCAAAGGGUAUCAGUCAGAGCUGAAUUGGAGGAAAAAUUGAAGUCGUAUGAGAAUGGUAACUCGAUACGGCUGUCCGAUUUGAGCGUGGGAGAACAGUUGAAGGCUGGUCACCAUGACGGCAAUCGAUUCCAAAUAACUCUUCGAGAUUUCCCUUUCACGUUGUCCUCGCCAGAUUUCGACGCGGUUGAAGCCCUGCUGGAUAGCAUCAAAAACAAUGGUGUUUUCAAUUACGCUGGACUGCAGCGGUUCGGCGCCUUUGGCCAAGCUUUUCGUAUCGGUCGUCAUUUGAUCGCUGAGAGAGCGGAUCUCGCUGUGACUGUCGCAAUGAUCUUAACCGAGCGUUAA